AAUUAUGCCAGUUAGCUUCAACAAAAGAAAAAAACAAACGAAACUAAAUAAUAAUAAUAAGAAUAAUUAAAACACAAUAAACCGGCACAAGUUUUGCUCAAAUUAACAACAACAAAUGCAAGCAACGUGUAUUUAAUUAAUAAAUAAGUGCACUAUAAAACGACUCACGUAAAAGUGUUGACAAAUAAUUUCAAUCAUAAUAACAAAACAAAACAAAACAGUGCAUAAUAUCAGCUGAAAACAACAACAACAACAACAAAUUUAAAGGGAACAACAACAACAACAAAGCUCAGAGGCAACUUCCUAUUGGCUCAAUAUAGCUUUGAGUUGGGCGAGCUGUGAGAGAAAAGUCAGAAAGCUGCAACUCCCGGACGAACUGUUUGCCAUCAUGGAUGACUUUGCACAGGAAUGGCCGAAUCUGCCCCGUUCGGAUAACGGCUUGCAAAUGGACCAGCUAGUUGGGGACUUGCCCACAGACGGGGGCUUCGAGCCCCAAACGCGCGCCCGCUCCAACACCUGGCCCUGUCCACGGCCCGAGCCCGUCGACGAGCUGGACAGCACCAAGGCCAGCAAUCAGCAGCUGGCUAACGGCGAUCCACAGCAGGCCAUGCAGAACGCGAAUGCAGCCAAAAAGAACUCAUCCCGUCGCAAUGCCUGGGGCAAUCUAUCCUACGCCGAUCUCAUAACGCAUGCCAUAGGCUCUGCCACCGACAAGCGCCUGACUCUGAGCCAGAUCUACGAGUGGAUGGUGCAAAAUGUUUCAUACUUUAAGGACAAAGGCGACUCGAAUAGCAGCGCCGGCUGGAAGAACUCCAUCAGGCACAAUUUGUCGCUGCACAAUCGCUUCAUGCGCGUGCAGAACGAGGGCACCGGCAAAUCAUCCUGGUGGAUGCUCAAUCCGGAGGCCAAGCCGGGCAAGUCGGUGCGACGCCGCGCCGCCUCCAUGGAGACAUCGCGCUACGAGAAGCGUCGCGGCCGGGCCAAAAAGCGCGUCGAGGCGCUGCGACAGGCCGGCGUUGUGGGCCUCAACGAUGCCACGCCCUCGCCGAGCAGCAGCGUCAGCGAGGGGCUCGAUCACUUUCCAGAGAGUCCACUGCACAGCGGCAGCUAUCAACUGUCGCCAGAUUUUCGUCAGCGCGCCUCAUCAAAUGCCAGUUCCUGUGGACGCUUGAGUCCCAUUCGCGCAUUGGACCUGGAGCCAGAUUGGGGCUUUCCGGUUGACUAUCCAAAUACGACAUUGACGCAAGCGCAGGUCCAGGUGUUUGAUCAAUUGGCUGGCUCCAUGGCGGAUGAGCUGAAACUACAUACCGAUAUGUUGCAGCAGCAAGGGUUCAGCGCCGCAUCGGGAUUGCCCACUCAACCGCCACCGCCAUACCAGCCGCCUCAGCAUCCACAGCACACACAGGGCUAUGCGCUCAACGGACCCGUCUCUGCGCCCAACUACGGCUCGCUGCAGGCGCAGCAGCAGCAGCAGCAACAACAACAACAACAACAGCAGCAGCAGCAGGCACAGUGCCUGUUGCAUCGUUCGCUCAACUGCGGCUGCCUGCACAGUGCACCCGUGCGAGAUGGCCUCUCACCCAACUCAGUUACCACCACAAUGUCGCCUGCGUAUCCCAACAGCGAGCCCUCCUCGGACUCUCUCAACACAUAUAGCAAUGUGCUGCUCGAAGCUGCUGCCGAUAAUGCUGCACUACUCGUACAGCAGCAACAACAACAGCAGCAACAGCAGCAACAACAGCAGCAACAGCAGCAGCAGCAGCAGCAGCAGCUUUCUUCUGGGCUAGAGGAUAAUAACUGCGCCUCUACUUUGAUAGGGCAAUGCCUGGAGGCGCUGAACAGUGAACCCAUAGAAGAAUUUAAUCUGGAGAACUUUCAGGGCGGUCUCGAGUGCAACGUCGAAGAGUUGCUGCAUCAGGAGUUGUGCUAUGAUGGAAUGCUGGAUAUAAAUAUACCGUUGGCUGCGGUCAAUACGAACGCUACGAAUGUGAUCUUAACCAAUAAUAGUACAAAUAGCAGCAGCAGCAACAGCAACAACAGCGUUGCUGGCAACAGCAGUGCAAACCUUCAGCUAAGUCAGUUGCAGGCACAGCUGCAGCUGCAACAGCAGCAGCAACAGCAGCAGCAACAGCAGCAACAACAGCAACAGCAGCAGCAACAGUUGCUGCUAAGCAACAACAAUAACAACAACAACAACAGUCUGGAUACAGCGAGCGCAAACCUGAACGCACGUGUACAGUAUACACAGCCUAGCGUGGUCACCUCGCCACCGUCGUGGGUGCAUUAGAUGCAGAUUUUCAGAUCGGAAUCGUUUGCCUAAGCUAAGGACAAUAUAUUGUAUACACUUUAAUCUAAUAGAACGAUGGCAAAGAGCAGGAGCAGGAGCAGGCGGCGGAGAAGCAGAAAGAGGAGGAGGAGGAGGAGAAAUAGCUGCAGCGAGCUGCCUUUACAGUUUACAAAGUAAGUAGAGCAUCUCGUAACGCCCGCACUCCUCGAUUCAGUUGCCCAUUUGCAUCAAGUUUUGAAAGCAAUUCAAUGUGACAGUUAUGCAUAAAUUAUGCUAAUAAUGUAAAACAUUAUGAAUAUGCAAAAAAAA